CAUCUCACCACGCACACCGACUUCAUGGCUUAUCGUUGUGGUGUAUGUAAUAUGGCAUUUGUCGAAGGUAAGAAGCUGGUUGAGCACGUGCAGCAAUCACACACUGUCAAAACUCCAUACGCUUGUGGUCUGUGUGAUUUGUCGUUCUAUCAUAACGAUGAGCUAAUAACGCAUCUUGAAACUCAUAAUCAGACAGUUCAACAAGGAAAUGUUAUACAAAAUAAACACCCUUCUGUCAUUAAAGGAAAUAAUAAAAUAAUUACCAAGCUUGAUACAAAUUUGGUUGAUGAAGACACUGCUGAAGAUGAUGAUGAGGAUGAGGAUGAUAACAGUGGAGAGCCCUUUGACCGCACCAGUCAUCCCACAAACUCUGCCGCAAACACUAUACUCAUAGGUAAGGAGACAAAUUUCAGUUUAAGGAAAGGUCCAUCUAAAAUAGUCAUGGAUGAUGUGGAUCUGAGUUCUGUGUGCACUGUCAUCGUGGAACCAUCAAGCGCUGGUGGAAUAAGGAAAAAGCAUUUAUUCAAAUGUAACUUUUGUGAGAAGGUCUGCAAGGACAAGGGUUCUCUGGUCAGCCAUGUCAGGACCCACACCAAGGGCAGGCCUUAUGAGUGCAAUAUGUGUAUGGCCAAAUUUAAGCAGUACGCACAUCUAAGUGAUCACAUAAUGACCAAACACACCAAAGAGCGUCCAUUUGUGUGUGAUCGAUGUGCCAAGACGUUCAAUAGAAAGUCUCACCUGCAGGAUCACAUCAGACUCAGACAUACUGAAGACAAACUGUACCACUGUUCUGAGUGUUCGUUGACCUUCCAGAAAAGAACAGAGUUCUCUGAACAUAAACGCACACACGGUAAACCUCCUAAGUAUAUGUGUAACAUGUGUCCGAGGCAGUUCCGCAAUGUGACGGAUUAUGAACGACACAUAAGAAGUCACACUAAAGAGAAGCGUUAUGAAUGCGAAGUUUGUCAUCUUACUUUUGGUCUGCUGGCCAAUGCCAAAAAGCACAUGGUGAAGCACAGUGAAGAAAGACCCUACAAAUGUGAAGUCUGUCCAAAGGCGUAUCACUUCGAGCAUGAUUACAAAAGACACAAGUCCACUCAUUUAACCAAAAAGCCAUUCCCUUGCUCUGACUGCUACAAGUCUUUCAAGAAUGAUGUAUUGUUGAAAAAGCAUGCCAAAGAGACCCACAUGAAAAGUGAAGAUGACCCUUUGAAAAAGCCUUUCAAGUGUGUUACUUGUAGAAAAAGAUUUAGAAUACAAUGGGACCUUGACAGACAUAGAAAAAUCCACGCCAAGAAGAAACCAUUCCCUUGUUUGUUUUGUUAUAAAACUUAUGGAAGUGAAACCAUGCUGGCCAAACAUGCCAAAGUUCAUGAAGGUCAGGAUCUGCCGUUGUACGACCAUUCUAAAGAUCUUAUUGAAGACUCCGAACUUGAACAAAAAGACAAAAAAGUUGGGAGAAAACUGAAAGGUAAAAAUAUAUCUGAGUCA